UGCGCUGACGUGCUGAUCCAAAAUAAACCGCGCACCAUGUUGUCUGUUCUCUGUCUGUCAACCUGUGAGUAGUCCCAGACCCUCCGGUGCGUUGACUCGAGCUACAAUCACAAUGGCAGACGCUCUGGCUAAAGUCCCCGAGGUGGAGAUCGACCCAGAAGGGACCUUUAAGUACAUCCUGGUCAGAGUGAAAGUGAAAGAUGUCGAUGUGCACAAAGACAUAGUCCGAGGCACAAAAAGUGCAGAGUAUCACAAUCACAUAUUUGAGAAGGUCAACCCAGCCAUGGAGGCCCUGGGGAUGGAAUGCAAAUGCCUGGGAGGAGGGAAGAUAGAACACAACAGCCAAGAGAAGAAACUCAGGGUGUUCGGAGAAUCUACUGCCUUUGGCAAAGCAGACCAUUCUGUGUCUGCAGAGAAGUUGAAGAGUGCCUUCAGCAGCUACGAGAUCACCUGGUCUGAUGACACAAAAUAGUAAAAUGUCUGCCUUUAUUUAUCAGUUCCAAAAAUAAAAAGCACUGAGUAAUGUU